CCACCACGGAAACUCAAAGGAAAGGAGACCUCUUGAAACCAAGUCAGGCCUUCACAAAACAGAAGUAGAGGCUCUUAUCCUAGUUUAUAUGUAAAGAUGACAACAGAAUCAAAGAAAACAGCAGCUCAAAGGCUUCAGGAAGCUGAAGAGUUCAUGAUAGUUAAGCUAGAAGAGGAGGAUUUUAUCUGGAGGCAUGAAACUUGCUUUCCGAAAAGUGACCCCUUCCGCCAGGAACUGUGCCGGCAGCUCUUCAGGCAGUUCUGCUACCACGACUCCCCCAGUCCCCGCGAGGUACUGAGCCAACUCCGAGAGCUCUGCUGCCAGUGGCUAAAGCCCGAAACCCGCACCAAGGAGCAGAUCCUGGAGCUGCUGAUCCUCGAGCAAUUCCUGACCAUCCUGCCAGGGAACCUGCAGGCCUGGGUCCGUGAGCAUUACCCCAAGAGCGGAGACGAGGCGGUGAGCAUAGUGGAAGACUUGGAGAAAGGCAGCGAUGAAGUUGUCCUCCAGGUUCCAGUCCACAGCCAUGGACAAGAAAUCAAGAAGAAGGGAGUGCCUGUGGGGCCAGUGCUUGGUGCCCAUUUUCAGCCUGUGGACCCCAAGGUCCUUCACAGUUCCCAGGAAACCCUGCUCCUGCUAGACUGUGAUGAGAGUGAAAACACUGGAUCCCUGACAAAACUGGACAUUUAUGAAAAAAUAGAAUCACAGGGAAUUGUUUCAGGAAGAAUCUCAGGGUUAAUACCAGAAGGAUGUGCUGAACCUCAAGACCUCUGUAAGUCUGCAAGCAAAAUGAAGAAACACUGGGGGAAAGGACCAGGGGAGACCCCGAAAACACCUGCUGCUCAGGAUGGAGGUUUUAGUAAAAUCCUCACCCACAAAAACACACUCACAGGUGAACUCAAUCAUGAAGGGUGUGAGAGAAGCUUCAAUCACAACUCGAAUGAAUUGACAGCCCAGAGAGCUUACAAACACAGUGCCUGCGACCAGAGUUUCAAAUGGAAUCUUGAUUUUAUUAAGCAUCAAAAAGCUUACACUGGAGCCAAAAUUUAUCAGUAUGGAAAACCUCUCAAGAACCCAAACCUCAUUAAACAUACAGCUCUUUUCAGUGGCGAGAAGUCCCACCAGUGCAAGGAAUGUGGGAAGGUUUUCAGACACAGCUCAAAACUCAUCCGGCAUCAGCGCAUCCACACGGGAGAGAGACCCUACGAGUGCACCGAGUGUGGGAAAGGCUUCGGAGGGAGCUCGGAUCUCAUCAGACACCAGAGAGUGCACACGGGGGAGAGACCGUUCAAAUGCAAAGAAUGUGGGAGAGCAUUUACCCUGAACUCUCACCUUAUCCUCCACAAAAGAAUCCACACCCGAGAGAAACCCUAUGAAUGUAGCGAGUGUGGGAAAAACUUCCGAGUUAGUUCACAUCUUAUUCGGCACCUUCGAGUCCAUACUGGCGAGAAGCCCUACCAGUGCCCUGAGUGUGGGAGAGCCUUCAGUCAGAGCUCACACCUCAGUCAGCAUCAGAGGAUUCACAAGAGGGAAAGCCUACUCAUGUAGGGCAGGUGCAGGGGGAAUGGGCAGGAAU